AUGUACCUCCUCUUAGCUCUGCUACUACCGAGUAUCAUUCAAGGAUGUGAAAGAAAGCACCAUCGCCGACACCACGAUCGCCAUCUGCUCCAGCGUGAUACGACACCUAUCUUCCCACCAACUCUGACCCCACAGGAACAAAUUCUAGUAUCGUCUUUUGACAAUACUUCAAUAGCGUCUUGGUCUAGUUACUACUCUCACAGGCGAAAUCUCGCGGGAGAAAGCAGCGCAGUGCCUCAAUGGACAGCUUCAAAAUGGGCCGAGUAUGGUUUCGACACUAGACUAGAUAGCUAUCACGUCUACCUAAACUACCCCAUCCACCAAUCCCUAGCACUCAAAUACCCCAACGGAACCACCUACAACCUCACUCUUGAAGAACCUAUCCUCGAAGAAGACCCUACAACCGGUUCUUCAAACCGCAUCCCCGCAUUCCACGGCUACUCCGCCUCAGGAAACGUAUCAGCACCCUACAUCUACAUUGGCCGCGCCACAACCCAAGAUAUCGAGCGGCUCCUCACCCACAACAUAUCCCUAGCCGGUAAAAUCGGCCUAGCCAAACACGGCGGUCCCUUCCGCGGCACCAAACUCCGCAACGCGCAAUCCUUCAACCUAACCGGCCUGCUCCUCUUCACCGAUCCCGCCGACGACGGAGAAAUGGCGCCACCGGCGUACGCACCGUACCCUGCUGGGCCCGCACGUAACCCGGGGAGUAUACAGCGCGGUAGCGUGCUGGAUCUGAGUAAGUAUCCUGGGGAUCCGACGACGCCGGGGCAUGCGUCGAAGGAGGGGGUGGAGAGGAUGUACAUGGGGAGUUUGCUGCGGAUACCGAGUUUGCCGUUGUCGUGGGGGGAGGCGAGGGGGUUGUUG